AUGGCCCCAGCACUGACCUCAACAAAACGACCUUUCGACCCCAUCGAAGACUCGUUAAUAUCAGCUGCCAAAAAGCUGCGCGCUGACCCCACCGAACCAGUACCCAAAUCAGAAAGUGACUCGCCUACGGAGCCAUCGGCAGGUCUAUCGAAACACUGGGAUGCCGAAGAUACAAAAGAGGACAAACGCCGAGCCUUUACUAUUCAAUUUCUUGAAAGUUUUCAGAAAGUGUGUGGAGAUGGACUACUGUCCAUGCCCAGCAGAUGUUCCGGUGGUCCUCUGGCCGGGCGAUACGAUUACCGUCGUUGGGCUAUCAAUAUGCAAAAAGUGCUCGGAAUGAAUGGAGUGGCAGCGGUUGUAGAAGGCAAGCUUGUCGCGGACAGCGAGCUCUCAAGCUACCCCCAUUUGCGAAUUACGUUGGCUCGUGUGAAUGCGCUUGCUAGUCAUAUCAUCAACGUGAAUGUGACAGAGUCCAGUCGAUCACAUUUACGUGGCUCAAAAAGUCCACAGGAGUCUUGGGGAAAGCUACGAGAUUUAUAUCAGUUGUCCCCAUCUGAGCUGUCCCUAGAAGGCUGGAGCCUUAUAAAGGAGAAGAAAAUCAGCCACUAUUCCUCAGCAUGCGAGUAUACUGGGGCUUUACAAGAUGCAUGGUUACAAGUCUGCAUGGACCAGAAGGACCUUUUCAAGCAGACCCAACCAAUGCUCUGCACUGCUCUCCUGCAUGGACUGGAUGGGCAUGAGUGGUCAUCGUGGAAACACACCAUCUUGACGGAUGCACAGCUUGGGGCUGACUUCCAAAAACUCGCAGACAAAGUGAAAAGUAUAGACCCACAAAUCAGAUCCAAGUCUAAACAGAGGCCGAUGCUGAAGUGA